CAUCGAGGCCACGCCCCCGGGGAAUCCCUUUCCCAUUCCCGGGGUGACGUCACCGCGCUUGUGCGUCACGUCCGGCCGCGCACCCGGAAGUGGCGCCGGGGAGGUGUCGGUUGCCAUGGAAGGGCCCGGGAGGGCGGAGGCGGCUCCGGGCCCGAAGGAUGCGCCGUGUCCCGCCGGGCUCACGGGCUGAGUGAGCCCCGAGCGCUGCCCUGCCCUGCCCCGAUCCCAGGAUGGGCCGGCUCAGCGUGUCGUGCCUGCUGCCGGCCUCGUGGCACUUCAGCCUGGCCCCCGUGGGGUGCGGGCGGCUCCCGCUGCCCUCGCCGCGCCAGCUGCUGCUGGCGGGGGCCGCGGCCCUGGCGCUGCUCUACUGCUCCCUGCUCCUGCUGCGCUCCCGCUACGCCCGCACAGCGACCUUCCACAGGUACCUUGCCCGGGUGACGGACACAGAAGCCACGGACACGGCCAACCCCAACCUGAACUAUGGCAUUGUGGUGGACUGUGGCAGCAGCGGCUCCAGGAUCUUUGUGUACUGCUGGCCACGGCACAACGGGAACCCCCACGACCUGCUGGACAUCAGGCAGAUGAGGGACAAGAACAGGAAACCCGUGGUGAUGAAAAUCAAGCCAGGCAUCUCCGAGUUUGCCAGCUCUCCCGAGAAGGUCAGUGAUUACAUCUCGCCGCUGCUGAGCUUCGCUGCCGAGCACGUGCCGCGUGCCAAGCACAAGGAGACCCCCCUGUACAUCCUCUGCACCGCAGGGAUGAGGAUCCUGCCAGAGAGCCAGCAAAAGGCCAUACUCGAAGACCUGCUGACGGAUAUCCCCGUGCAGUUCGACUUCCUGUUCUCUGACUCGCAUGCAGAGGUGAUUUCAGGCAAGCAGGAAGGAGUCUAUGCCUGGAUUGGCAUCAACUUUGUCCUGGGAAGGUUUGAACACACAGAUGAUGAGGAGGAGGCCAUGGUGGAGGUGCACAUCCCGGGCAGCGAGCACCAGGAGUCCAUAUUCCGUAAGAGGACUGUGGGUAUCCUGGACAUGGGCGGAGUGUCCACCCAGAUCGCGUACGAAGUCCCUAAAACUGUAAGCUUUGCCUCCUCACAGCAGGAGGAGGUGGCCAAGAACCUCCUGGCAGAAUUCAACCUGGGCUGUGAUGCCCACCAGACCGAGCACGUGUACAGGGUCUACGUGGCCACAUUCCUUGGGUUUGGAGGGAAUGCAGCCCGGCAGAGAUACGAGGACAGCCUGUUUGCCAGCAUGGUGCUUAAAAACAGACUGCUGGGCAGACAGACUGGCCUGAGCUCGGAGUCCCCGUUGCUGGAUCCCUGCCUGCCCCUGGAUGCUCAGGAUGAGAUCCAGCAGAAUGGGCAGACCCUGCACUUGCGGGGAACGGGGGAUUUCCAUCUGUGCCGGGAGCUGAUCCAGCCCUUCAUGAACAAGACCAACGAGACCCAGACCUCCCUGAACGGGGUCUACCAGCCCGCUGUGCACUUCCAGAACAGCGAAUUCUAUGGGUUCUCCGAGUUCUACUACUGCACAGAGGACGUGUUGAGGAUGGGAGGAGAUUACAAUGCUGCUAAAUUCGCUAAAGCUGCCAAGGAUUAUUGUGCCACUAAGUGGUCUGUCCUCCGGGAGCGCUUCGACCGUGGUCUCUACGCCUCUCACGCCGAUCUGCACAGGCUGAAGUACCAGUGCUUCAAGUCAGCCUGGAUGUAUGAGGUGUUCCACAGUGGCUUCUCCUUCCCUGUGAGUUACAGCAACCUGAAAACAGCCCUGCAGGUUUAUGACAAGGAGGUGCAGUGGACCCUGGGGGCCAUUCUGUACCGAACACGCUUCCUCCCCUUAAGAGACAUCCAGCAGGAAAACUUCCGUGGAAGUCACUCCCACUGGAGGAGCUUCUCCUUUGUUUACAACCACUACCUGUUCUUUGCCUGUUUCCUGGUCGUCCUGCUCUCCAUCCUGCUCUACCUGCUCCGGCUCCGGCGCAUCCACAGGCGGAUGCUCCGCAACGGCUCCUCUCCCUCCCUCUGGAUCGAGGAAGGCCUCCCCCCACAGAAGAUGGCAGGGCCCUUAUGAGGUGCUGGGAUGGAGAGAGGCUGUUUUGUUUUGUUUUGUUUUGUUUUGUUUUUUUUCCUCGGACUUGUUACAAAAAGAAGCCAUUUUUUGCCUCAGGGUUCCUCCCUUUUUUUUGUCCCUCGAAACCAUGGGAGAAGCGGAAGGCCCAGUGUGGGAAAACGGGGCCACGUGGCUUGGGCUCAGCAGACAAUCCCUGCCAAAAACCACUCGGAUUUGACUAUUGCACUUUUGUGUGUGGUGGGACGAGCUCAGGCUUGUUGUCAGCACCUGAAGAGCAGCAGCUGCAGCUCCAGGGCAGAGUGAAUGUGAGUCCUCCCCCUCCCGGGUGAGGAAAUCCCAGGAUGAGCGAGGACUUUUCCAGGCUUGGCUUCUCAAUCCUGAGUCUCAGUCGAAGAAAAGGAAGUGCAGGGUUUUCAGGAGCAGAAAGAAAACCCCCUUUUAGGACAAUUUCCUCUGAUUUUUUCCCCUUCUGGGUUCAGUCCUGUGAUGGAGAAGGAAAGCCUCUCGCACCCAAAGCUGUGCUUCCAAAAAAAAAAACACCAAAAAACUGCUUCAAUCAGUUCUGUUCCAUUGUGACAGUUCCCCCUCCUUGUCUUGGAAGCUUUAUCCUCAUGGUGGCACGAGCCACUGCUUUUUAAUCCUUUAUUUCUGUUCCUUAAUCAUGCAGAAAUCUCCCAGAGACUCCAGGAAGGGGAAAGAGAACUGGAAAAACCUUUCGUUCUGUGCACAGUGUCUUUCUUUUUCUGAGUCCUCUGAUCUGUUAAUUUAUAUUUUAUUUAAAAACCGUUGAUUUUACUUGAAAGCAAAUUUGUCCCUGAUUAAAAGUGGGAUUUAUAUGA